CUUCUCGUUCGCGUACGCGGCAGCACUUUUUUUCAUUUGUAAUCCGAUAAAAGGAAACUCGCGCGCAGUCUCACCGCGAAAUCGAAUGAAACGGAUGAUCAAUCUCCUUUGUCCGUUGCGAUCACCAAUGCAAACAGCAAGGAUGCGUAUAAAGUGUCGACAAGCGCGCACACAGUCGCCGUAUGAUGCGCACACCUUGAAUGGAUCACACAUGCACAUCUCCAUCCUUGGUGUCGGUGUCAAAGGAUCGAGAGCUCUAAUUGUAAGAGGAGGUCCAGACGAUGAAAGUGCUAAUGGCAGAAGUGAUGUUGGGCAGGACGACGAGCACAACGAUAAAGUUGCGCUUCAAUGACGCGGCUGUUUUAAUUACUUUAGGAUGGAAUUUCACGAGUAGCGGUUUCGACGAUAUAUUCGGUGGCAUGGCGAUGAACGUUAUUAAUUUACAUUCUUCCUGCACGAUGAUACUGCUCGGUAUCUUGGCGUCGACGACGAUAAUCGGCCUCACAAGUUCCGCUCCUCUGUCGUCGUACGAAAGUAGGGACGUGUCGGACGAUCGUCCCAAAAUUUUCCUGUUGAUCGAUCAAAGAAUACCAGAAUUGGAGGAUGAGAUGCUGAAUUCGGAGAACGAUCUCGGCUCAGACGUGAUGCGCACCAAGAGGAUCGGGUCCCUGUCGAUCGUCAACAAUUUCGACGUGCUGAGGCAGAGAGUCAUGCUGGAGCUGGCGCGUAGAAAGGCACUGCAGGAUCAGCGGCAAGUCGACGAGAAUCGUCGUUUCCUCGAGAGCAUUGGCAAGAGAUCGGUGUCGGACGCUGGCAGAAACGUGAGAUCCGGCAUGAAGAACAGCCGCGAACGACCUGCAGCGUCCAACAGGAACGAAUGGACCGAAGAGAACAAUCCCUUGUUUCGUGGAUCGCAAGACGACGAUCGGACGGUACAGACUAACGAGCUCCGCCUGCUGAAAUGAAUUCGCGCCUCGGCGCGCGAAGAAGAACUCCAGAUCCGAUAUAUUUUAUCUUUACUAUAUACGACCGUUAAUCAACCGUCAUUCAUUAAGUUAUUUUUGUCGUCCGUCUCCUUUCCGCUUGCCUAUUCUUGUUUAGCAGAUAGUCCGAGUUCUGCCAGCCGUGGCUGGCAAAUAUAAAUGUUAAAAAAUUGCUGAAUUUUCACAAUCGAUAACAAAUACGGGCCUGCCUCUGUCUCUAAUGAAUAAGAAUACGGGCCCCAUCUCCUUCUCUAACGAAUUCGAUCGAGAAAACCGGAAACGUUUCGCAACCAGUAUUCCUUCCCCUCUCCGAUUCUUCAUUAAUUUUAGCGUUUAUUUAUUGAGUUAGGUUGUAAUAAUUCACGUAACAGCCCCGUGUCGCGGAAGCUGAUGGCAGGUAUGGGAAUCGCGAUUGUGCAUCGUUCGGAGAUGCACGACAGAUUCGAUCGGCGCGCAUAACGUUCCGAGAAGAAAGAAAAAAACGUACAAAGAUCUGAGCUUUACGUAAAGCUUUACUUCCGUCUUCUUCCGCGUCCGAUGCUCCCCUUCAUGGACACGGAGAAAGGCGUAACGAAGCAGUAUUAUAUAUUGUGAUCUCGUUUAAGCUACGUCUUUUCUGUUUCGCAGAGAAUACCUGACGCCCGAUCCUUUAGCGGUAGAUUUAAUUUUUCUCGCAUCUCUCCGCCGCGCUUUACCAAUAUUCGCAUAUUCGUAGAUGACGAUGUAACGCGUACGCGCGAGUCGAUUGAACUUACACAAUUUCACUUUCGCCAAACUAUAAAUGUACAAAUACUACGUUGUAUUGAUAGUUAUCGCCUCUCGCGAUAGCCCGGCGUCGAUCGUCGGACGAGAGGCACACUCAUAUGUGUGUACCUGCAGUCUAUCAAUUCUGAAUGAAAAUCUAUUUUCUGCGUGUAGCAUGCGCUAAAGAGACUACCCACAGAUUGACAAAUGUAAGGAAAUCGAAAACUUGUAAAAGGAUCCGGAGAUCAGAUAUAUACUGUUAAAUCUUAAGAAAGACUAUAAUAAUACACGAUAAGAUUUUCAUUGAUAAAAGUACAAGAUUGUAUCCCAAAUGUUAUAAUUUAGAAAUACUUUUACAUUAUGUAUAAACUUGUUUUUGCUUCCCUCUUAAUAUUAAUGUUGAUUAUUGAUAUGAUUGUUUCGCGUCAUCUCGCAGUUACGUAUUUAUUCCUGUGCCAUUGCGGAAGUACAAAAACAGCGAUUUAUUAAUUGUGCAAAAAUAAAAAAAUGUCUAACGCGACGUAUGAGAUUGAAAGUUUCGCGGAGCAUGCGAUAAAUAAAAUGUGUAUGCAUUAUUAAAAUAAUUAUUUAAUAACCA